AUGGGCGGUCUCAUAUCCCGUUUGCUUUUUCAACCACCAGAGCCAGCCAGCUACACCAAGUCAGACAAGUACAUCUUUCUGGAAUGCGAAGACAAGAAAGUUGUUGAUGAAAGAGGACAAAAAGUGAACGUUAAAAUACCGCUCGUGUUUUUGGAAUGUAAAGGAUCCGAUCUUUGUCUACUGUACAGCCAUGGUAAUGCCACUGACUUAGGUCAAACAAUGCCAUACCUGGAGCUUCUUCGCAGUUCUUUAAAGAUCAAUGUUUGUGGGUAUGAAUAUCAAGGAUAUGGAAUAUCUGAGCCAAAAGUAAGCUGCUCAGAACCUAGAGUGUAUGCCAGCAUUGAAGCGGCCGUCAAAUAUUUAAAGACGGAAAGAGGUUUCUCAGAAGAUAGAAUAAUAGUAUUUGGUACCUCCCUUGGUACUGGACCAAGCACCUAUAUUGCUUCCAAAGAAAAUUCAAACUUUAGAGGAGUUAUUCUUCAAAGUCCAUUUACGACAGUUGUUCGUAUUAAAGUCAAUACCAACAAGAAGAUUUUCUUUGAUAUGUUUAGGAACAUUGAUCGGAUAGACAAAGUGAAAUGUCCAGUAUUUAUUAUUCAUGGAAAAGUUGACGAGGUGGUUCCUUUUGAACACGGAGAGAUUCUUCAACAAAAGGUGAAAUACAAAUACACACCUCUGUUUAUAGACUAUGCAGGUCACAACAAUAUUCUGGAAAUUAUGUCAGUGGAACGCUAUUUAAAGCAAAUAUUUAAGUUCAUUGUUUAUUUGAAUGAAUUCAGAAAUGGAAAUCGACAUCUAGAAGAUGCCAAUGGUGGUAAACAGAAUAAUGGAGCCAAUUCAUCAAACACUCAAUAA